AUGUCUACCCCUAACAAUCCCAGAUCAUCAUCUCCUCUCAACUUCCCUUCUUCCUCCGUCGCUGGCACACCAAGAGCCAACCAAUUGAGGAACGUCAGAAAUGCUCCUCCUGGAUCAUCGUCACCCCUCCAUUUCCCAACUUCUUCCCCUCGACAACCUUCAUCAACAGCAGGUCGUCGAGUACCAUCGGGUUUGAGCAGUGAUGCCGCUAUCCCCAGUUCAGAUAGGUUGAGACGGAUCAGAGGAGAAACGCCUUUGUUCUUCCCAGCAUCUGGCGGUUCCACUCCUCGAAGACCUAGACGGGGAGAUAUACACUCUUCAUUCCCAUUAUCAUCGCCUUCACUCGCACGAAGACAAGUCCAGAAUACACCUCUCAUACGAGGAUCUUCGCCAUCCGGACAGACAGACAUUGACAUCGAUGGAGAAGGUGGUGAUCCAACUACACCUAGAGCUCAUGGAUCUUCAGCACCAACUUUAUCAGCUGUCGCACCUUCACAAGAUGCAGGAAUGGGUGAAGAAGAAGGUGGUAUCGUCAAAUAUAUAUGGGGAACUACCAUUUCCUUGCAAGAAUCAAUGAACCUAUUCAGAGAUUUUUUGAGAGGGUUUAAACCUAAAUAUAGAGCUAUAUACAAUGCUAAUCAAGCUAAAACAAUAAUCGAAAAUGGUGGAUUAGCACCUCCUUCAAUGGCUUUAUAUGAUAAUUUACCUUCGUCGAAAGCUGAAAUACUUUUAUACGAAUCUUAUCUAAGGAGACUGCAUCAAACUGGUGAAACGAAUUUAAACCUCGACGCUCUAAAUCUUCUAAGUUAUCCACCAACGAAAAAAUUAUAUCAUCAAUUAGUCAAUUAUCCUCAAGAAGUAAUCCCAAUUAUGGAUCAGGUUUUGAGAGAUGUAAUGAUCGAAACUGGUGAUGAAGAAAUUGAUCAGGCAAGAGCUAAAUACGCAGAUGGUUUGAUCGAAAAAUUGGAGUUGGAUCUGUUGGAAGAGGAGAUCAAUCAAAUCGCUGGAAAAGUUUACAAAGUCAGACCCUUCGGUGGUGAAAGAUCUGUCAACAUGAGAGAUUUGAAUCCUGGGGAUACCGAUAAACUCGUCUCUGUUAAAGGUUUGGUGAUCAGAGCUACACCUGUCAUCCCCGAUAUGACAACUGCCUUCUUCCGAUGUAUGGUAUGCCAACAUACUGUUCAAGCUGAUAUCGAUCGAGGAAAGAUCAACGAGCCUGACAGAUGUCCUCGAGAUGUCUGUGGUAUGAAAGGUACAAUGUCUCUCAUUCACAAUCGAUCCGAUUUUACCGACAAACAAGUGAUUCGACUUCAAGAGACUCCUGAUGCAGUUCCUGAUGGACAAACCCCGCACACCGUCUCCUUGUGCUCAUACGAUGAAUUGGUUGAUUUGGUCAAACCAGGUGAUCGAGUGAUUAUCACUGGUAUAUUCCGAUCUAUUCCUGUGCGAGUCAACCCACGACAAAGAAGUAUCAAAUCACUUUUCAAGACUUACCUAGAUGUUGUCCAUAUCAAACGAACAAACACUGGUCGAAUGGGAUACGAUCCAUCUACGAGAAACGGUGAAGGUAGACCUCCUGGAGUUGGGGUAGGUGGUGAAGAUGACGAAGAUGAAUUGCUGUCUAGACCGGAUAAAGAUGCCACUGAAGAUGAUACUGAAGAGGAACCUGCCUUUGCUGCUUCUGCCGAGAUGGAACAGAGACUCAUCGAGUUAUCCAACAAUCCAGAUGUUUAUGACAUCUUGGCUAGAUCCAUGGCUCCUUCCAUCUACGAAUUGGAAGAUGUUAAAAAAGGUAUCUUGCUUCAAUUGUUCGGCGGCACCAAUAAAUCUAUCGCAAGAGGUGGUGGAGGUGGUGGUCCAAGAUAUCGGGGGGAUAUCAACGUCCUCAUGGUCGGUGAUCCCGGUACAAGUAAAUCUCAAAUCCUACAGUACGUUCACAAGAUUGCCCCUCGAGGUGUUUAUACUUCCGGUAAAGGUUCUUCCGCUGUCGGAUUGACAGCUUAUGUCACGCGAGAUCCAGAUUCCAAACAGCUGGUAUUGGAAAGUGGUGCUUUGGUGCUUUCUGAUGGUGGUGUCUGCUGUAUUGACGAAUUUGACAAGAUGUCAGAUUCUACUCGAAGUGUUUUGCAUGAAGUCAUGGAGCAACAAACCGUUUCUAUUGCGAAAGCGGGUAUCAUCACUACCCUUAACGCACGAACAUCUAUUCUUGCUGCUGCAAAUCCUAUCAACUCACGAUACGACCCCAAGUUACCCAUCCCAGCUAAUAUCGACUUGCCACCUACUCUGAUAUCGAGAUUCGACCUCUUAUACUUGGUUCUGGAUAGGGUUGAUGAGUUGAAUGACAGAAGAUUGGCCAAGCAUUUGGUAGGAUUGUAUCUCGAGGAUAGACCUGAUACCGCUGGUGAAGAUAUCAUACCUCUUGAAACUCUCACCGCGUAUAUCACAUAUGCUCGAUCAAAGAUUCAUCCUGUCCUUUCAGAAGAUGCAUCAACCGCUCUUGUCCAAGCAUAUGUGGAGAUGCGAAAAGCAGGAGUUGAUUCGCGAACCCAGGAAAAGAGAAUUACGGCUACUACAAGACAAUUGGAAAGUAUGAUUCGACUGUCUGAGGCCCAUGCUAGAAUGCGAUUUAGCGAACGAGUGGAAUUGAGCGAUGUAGUGGAAGCGGUCAGAUUGAUCAAGUCCGCUUUGAGAGAGAGUGCUACCGAUCCUUUGACUGGUCAAAUUGACUUGGAUCUCCUCACCACAGGAGCAGCAUCAUCUACACGUCGAGCACGAAGUGAUCUCAAGAAAGAAUUGUUGAGCAUUAUCGACUCGGCAGGAUCUCGAACGGGACUUAAAUGGUCUUCCGCCAUCAAAGGUUUAGAGAAUCAAUCUUCUGUUCCCAUAGAUCACAGUGAAUUUGCUGAGCUCGUUAGGAGUCUAGUGGAAGAAGGUGUAUUGAAAGUAGUGGGAGAAAGAGAAAGGAGAACUAUAAGGAGAUUGGCCGAUUAG